CGCCAGGGCUGGCUGGAAGGGGCUCAUGGGGGGCUGGUGGGCACGGGGAGUGCGAGUGAGUGAGACGGACGCAGCAGCAGGCACGGGUGGAGUAGCAGCAGCAGCAGCAGGAAGCGGAGAUGCUAUAGCAGGAGAGGGACGAGGUUCAGAGGUCGGUGGUGAUACAGGGGGGUCAGGAACGGGGAUGGUGGGAACAGGGCAGCAGCAGCAGCAGCCGCCACAGCAGCAGCAGCGGGGUGGGGAGCGAGGGGCGGAGGGGAAGAGGAGUGCAUUGAGGCACGGAUGAACAUGGGCGCGCUCACCCUCACAUUCCAGAAGCACCUGGCACUGCUGGUGCGAGCUGAGAAGAUUCGCAGCAGCGACUCCCUAAGGCUGCUCCUCUGCUCCGAGUCCGUUCCGACUAUCCUCAGCUGGCUCACCAGUCCUGAGAGCACCCGGGAGGAUCAGAUGCUGCUGAGGCAGCUGCUGAUGGCGGUGCGAGUGGCGGCAUGUGAGGAGGCCGGGGGGCUGGACUGGUGGAGCGGAGUCAAGUGUUUCUACUCUAAACGAGUCAGCUUCAAGAGGGACAAAGCCGCUCCUGUGGCGUCGGCUCCCGCCCACUCCCACCACAUCAGGGGCAAAGCUGCUCCUGUGGCAUCGCCUCCCACACCCACACCCACACCCACACUCACACCCACACUCACACCCACACCCACACUCACACCCACACUCACACCCACACUCACACCCACACACACCCACACUCACACCCACACUCACACUCACACCCACACUCACACCCACACUCACACCCACACUCGCACCCACACUCACACCCACACUCACACCCACACUCACACCCACACUCACACCCACACCCACACUCACACCCACACUCACACCCACACUCACCCACACCCACACCCACACCCACACCCACACCCACACCCACACCCACACUCACACCCACACUCCCACACCCACACCCACACCCACACCCACACCGACUUUUGAG